GUUUUCAAUUUACAUAUAAACGUCGAAGACAUUGUUUCCUCUUCAUUCUUGUAUAUAUAAAGAGAAGAAUUUUAAUUGUUUCUCACCGCAAAGUCGUUUCGUUUUGUUUUCUUUAUUUCAUCUCAAAGGAGGUUUAAUUUCUGUGCAAAAUGGUGGAACCUAAGAGCAAGGUUGAAUCGAUUAGGGAAUGGGUCGUCGAUCACAAGCUUAGAACUGUUGGGUGUUUGUGGCUUAGUGGUAUUGCGGGUUCUAUUGCUUACAAUUGGUCUCAACCUGGCAUGAAAACCAGCGUUAAGAUCAUCCACGCUAGGUUGCAUGCACAAGCCCUUACGUUGGCUGCAUUAGCCGGUGCUGCAGCGGUUGAAUACUACGAUCACAGGAGCCGAACCAAACCUGAUCCGUAUGCGAAGUUCCUUCCGGUCGACGGAUACUCGCGCAAGGAGUAGAAAACCCGGGAUAGGGUUUCAAGUCUCUAACUUUAUAGGGUUUAAUAAAAUAUUUUAUUUUUUUGUUGUUUAAA